AUGUGGCCGACAUCGUCACGAUUGCUCUUCACUUCGUCUCAUAUCAUCACGCUGACCCUACAGAAGACUUACUUGAACAGCUCACCAAGGAUCCUCGACACCCAGUACUGCAACAAGCGCCUCCUCACCUCAACACCACCAGCCACAAUGCCCAGAGACCCCACUGGCGACCCGAAGCAGCAGAGCGAGGACAAGUUCAGAGAUGGCAUGUCAGGCUCCUGUCUUUGCGGCAGCAUCACGGUCCACAUCAAGGAUUCCCAGCUCUUCUCCAAGAAGCGCGGACAUCUCUGCCAUUGCCAGAACUGCCGCAAAGUAGCAGGCUCGUACGUAGCGUCGAACUUAUUGAUCGAGCAAGAGAAGGUCACGAUCGAUGAUCGCGAUACAACGUUGAAGACAUACGAGGACUACGAGACCUUGAGCGGGAAUCCGGUGUACAGGAGCUUUUGUGGCAAGGAUGGCAAUCCGAUCAAAUCCGAGACUGCAGCAUAUCCAGGCAAGGUCAUUCUGAAGAUGGGCAUUUACCCUCGGAUUCCACAGCCGGAGGCAGAAGGGUUUGGGCUGCAUAAGCAUCAAUGGCAAGGGCAGCACAAUGAUGUGGACACAUAUGAGAUCAAAUGGGCUGGACCAGACAAGAAGUUGUUGGCGAAGGGCGCAUAG